GAAAAGAGCAUAUGCCCCUUCCCUUCCAUGGAUCCCUUUCAUUUCUCCUCCACCCACUGCCAAAAAUAUCACUAAACCAAGUCUGACGCCAACACCCAAAAUCAGUAAAAAUAGAAAGAGAAAUCCUCCGUUGAAAUGGCAUCUGCAACAGCAAGACUCAUUUUUCCUCUUCACCACUUAACCCAACCUUGUCCCAAGCCCAAAAAACCUAAUCUCUUUCCCUCCCAUAAACUCCUCUCCAGAAUUCCUCCCAACAUCAUCCAAACCCAUAGAAACCAAUCCCAUUUCACCGUUCGUUCCAUUGAUGUCUCAAAAGAAGACAGUCAAGAAACCCCAACUUCUGACCCAGAAAACAAACAAUCUCCAUCAGUGGAAGAAACAAGUGGGGGAGAAGAGACGAUUGACAAACGCAGGUUAGAAGAGAAGUUUGCAGUGUUGAACACAGGGAUAUAUGAGUGCAGGUCAUGUGGGUUCAAGUAUGAUGAAGCAGUGGGUGAUCCUUCCUAUCCAAUUCCACCAGGGUUUCAGUUUGAUAAGCUGCCUGAUGAUUGGAGAUGCCCUACCUGUGGGGCUGCAAAGUCUUUCUUUGAGAGUAAGAGUGUUGAGAUUGCUGGGUUUGCUCAGAAUCAGCAAUUUGGUUUAGGGGGCAAUGCUCUUACUUCUGGUCAAAAAGCCCUCUUAAUUUAUGGCAGUUUGUUCUUCUUCUUUGUGCUCUUCUUGAGUGGCUACUUUUUGCAAUAGGUAGGUAGGGUGCAUAAUAUAAAUUUCUGUAAUUUUUCUUUGCCUUAAAGGUAUAUUUUUCUGCAAAUAGGAAAA